AUGGUGACCCUCAACCUCGCGUACACGGCCCCGAUCAACCCGCCGGGCGCGCUGCCCGUGCUCACGGGGGCGCAGGUGUGGGCGGGGCUCGAGCGUAAGGUGCACCGGGCGCACGAGUUCGUGCCGGCGAUCGGAUCGUGCACCGUGCUGUCCUCGUCGGCGGACAACGUGGUCCUGCGCGAGAUUCGCUUCGUCGCCGGCGCGCGCCCCGGGAGCGGCAGCCCCGAUCCGGACCCCGCGGCGGCGGCGGCCGGCGCUCCCCCUGCCCUCGACCCCGUUCCCGUCCGCGAGCGCUGCCACCUCUUCCCCCCCUGCCGCGUCGACUUCGCCCAGCUCGCCGACGGCGCCACCAUCUCUAACAUCGUCAGCCGCAGCUCCGCCGGCGACCUCCUCAUGACCUACGUCUUCGAGUGGCGCCGCCCCGCUAUCGCCGACGGCAGCGAGGCCGCGCGCGCCCUCGAGGAGCAGAGCACUAAGGCUGUUGCCACUACCGCGACCCUGUGCUUUUGCGGCUCGGGGUCGCGCACGCGCUACCACUAA